UUUACGAUGUUCCGAUGUUGACUGAUUUUGCUGAACUAUCUGGUGGACGUUCUGUCUUGAACAAUGGUGCUGUUAUCCAGAACGGUGCUGCCUAUUUUAAAGGCGCAUCUUUAGUUCUACCUGCAUUUAUUUUGAAUGAUUUUGGUGAUAAAAUCCAAAUAGAUGUAGAUGUUAUGUACGAAAAUCCUACUAAAAAUGAAAUUCCUGUCUUAAAUAACGCCAACUGUGACCUAGAAUCAACAAUUUCUCUUACGUUGAAAGAUGCUCUUACUUCUAACUGUUAUCUCGAAGCAUCUAUAAAGGUUGAAAAUGUUCCACAACAAGUCAAGAUUACGACACCUGUUUCACCUAAUGUAUGGAAUUCAUUCACAUUCUCGAAAAAGGGAGAUAAUAUUAUAUUAUUGAAAAAUGCGGUAGUUGCUGGUCAAGUAACUCAAGCUGGUUAUUUUGAGUUCCAGGAUUCUGCUAUGGUAGCUGGAAAAGCUCCUCAAAAAACUCCCUUCCAAGGUUAUAUGAAAAACGUGAGUAACUGAUAUUUAUUGAUAUUACUGUUUAGUCCAUAAAAAUUCUUAUGUAUAAUAUACCUCCGCUUAUGACAGUA